AGGGGAGAGAGGAUCCAGGCAGAGGAGACUGUAGCUACCUAACUAGUGCUGUGCCUUUAAAGCGCCAGGCCCCUCCUCCCUCCACACAGUCAGAGUGGAGCAGCAAAGCAAGUUGUGCUGGCAGGAGCCUGAGCCCCACCAUAAACCUUGGCAUCAGCCUGCCUUCAUCCGGCAGUCGGUGAGGACACUUCAGGGCGCAGGGGCAGAGAGACGGGACGGAGAGAGAGAGAGACAGACAGAGAGAGACAGAGACAGAGACAGGGAGAGAGAGAGACAGAGUGGCGUCAGGAGCAGCCUCCAGAGGGCUCUGACUGAUACAGCUCCUCUCCACAGCUCUGUACGCAGUAGCUCAGCUCUUUCUGCGGUCUCCCGACGCCGGCAGGGUUGAUGAGGAUGGCGGGUGGCUUCUUCAUUUCCACAGCAUCGUCACUAGAGCAACGGUAGCAUCAGCAUCUACAGCAGCAACAGCUUCAGCCUCAGCAUCAUCAGUAGCAGCAGCAGCCGGAUCUACACUCUGCUGCUCGUCCCUAUUCUUCAGCCGCCUCCUCUCUCUAGUGUCUAAGAGUGCUGCUGUCAGGGCCGUUCCUCCCGCCUACCUCCCCUUCUGCCUCCUCCUGCCUCCUCCUCCAUCCCGCCUCCUCCUCCACAUCUCCGUCCUCCACAUGCUCUCUUUCCUUCCGCUGAGCCACGGCACUGAAUGAAUUCCUCGCCCUCUGACUGGAGCUGCUUUCUCUGGGAAGACAUGCUGCUGAGCCCAGAGAGGAGAAAAGAGAGAGGGAACGACACCCUCCCGUCUCUCCAGGUGUCAUGUGUGAUUGGCCAGCUUGCCCUCUGGCAGUAGCAUCAGCCUGGAUUCAGUGUGUGUCUCGCCCCCCUGCCUGUACCUGGGCUCCGGCUGUCCCUGGGGACGCGCUACUGGGAUUUACCUCUUACUGCUGGAUGGAGAUGGCGCAGGGCUUUCUGCCUUUUUGAAAACUGUCCACAGAAGGAGAAAUGCACUGAUAAAAAGAAGAAGCAAAAAUAAUGAAUCAAUCAGCAGCACAACCAGGCAGACUGCUGGAUUCCCUUAGCAACAACUGAGGGAGCGAGAGAGAGAAGUGAAUCAUCUCUGCUUUUCUUCUCUGGUGUCCGGUUUCUGGGUGCACCCCUGCAGACCAGAGUGGACCAACUGAAAGGGCAGGACAAGGGUCACUGCAUGGGCACGAAGGACACGCCAGUCACCCUAAUGCCAGGAGAAGGACCCUCCUCUUCCUCCUUCUCUUUCUCCUCCUCCGGUUCAUCACCAUGUUUGUUUGUCAUUCUUCCCCUGCACAUUCUAUUCAUUAGUCACAUUUUACUCGCUAAAAUGUCCGUUUAUCCUCAUUCCUGCCACCUGGAAUAAGCCCUGCCGUUGAAGAAAAUACAUUUUUCACACACAUACACUCACUCACUCACACACACACACACACACACACACAAAUAAGCACAGAGAGACUCUCAUCCCUCCUCCUACCUUCCUUCCUCCUCUCUGAUGAGAAGUGAACAACACAUGUCAGUCAUCAUCUGAGCAUAAAAUGGAUGUGUGCAGAAGUUGCUUUUGAAGUGGGCUAUUUCUUUAUUCCUUCAAGAUUAAUUUAUUCUCCCGUCACUUCUGAGAGAAAGGGAACACUGCACAGCACAGGACACAGGAGGAAUAUCUAUUGUUUUCAAAACGGAUUUGUCCUUCUCUCUCCCUAAAAAAGACAGAAGCCAAACUAAGGGAGUAUAUUUAGAUGGCAAAGCUUGUCUCUACUGCCUACCAAUAAUGUAGAACAAGAUCAUUUCAGAAAAUGAGCAACUGCUGGGAGUUCUAUUUUUCUAUUAUGCUUGGAUAUUCUGAUCUACAAGGGAGGUUGAACAGCUUGACAACCUGGGCUGCACUCUUUUACAGUAACCUGGCUGACACAAAGUCACUGCACCGUACCCGCUAAAUAAGAUUGUAAAGGAAGGUGAGUGGGAGUGGAAAAGAGCAACUUCCUCAUACAGACAAUCUAAAUAAAUAUCCUCCUCAGAGACCGAUGCAAACGUACACACUGACACAUGAGAUGAGUAGGCUCUCUGGCUCAACAAUAUUACAUAAGGUGUUUUCACACACACCAUUUUAACGCAUGUUCUUUUCUUCCUCCUGUUCCGUGGAUCUAACUUGAGUUUUUUCAUGUUUCUUUUCGCUUCAUUUUUGGUACUAUCCAUUCUGGAGCCAUGGAUGGCAGAGGAUAAGGCCAGGGGGUUGAGCGCUCAGGCCAGGCAAGGUCUUUUGGCUGUCCAGGUGCUUUUAAGAUGUUGAGGUCUCCCUGCGUGGCCGGGGCCCCUGUUCGGAUCAGUAGCACUGAGGCUCCUCGCGGCCAGAGACAUGGACCCCGACUCGGCUCCCCCCCGCCCCCGCCCUCAGCCUCAGCCCGCCGGCCCCUGGCCCCACGUUGCCCUGUGAAGGAUGUCCCUCAGCAGAGCUCCGGCCCGGGACACCUCUGAGACCCCUAGCCAGACCCCCAGAGAACGCAUACGCAGCCACAUGAAGAUGGUGAUCAACCAGCUGGACGGCAUUCUCAAAGAGCUCAAGGAUGUGGCCAAGGAACUCCGGGAGGUGGUGGGUCAGAUCGACAAGCUGACGUCAGACUUUGACUUUGACCUGGAGCCAGAUGACUGGACGGUGGCCACAGCAAGCAGCACGUCCAGCAGCGAGAGGGGCCUGGGAGAGGCCUUCAGGCUGGACUUCCUCAACCCCGACGUGCUCUCAGACAGCUGGGAGUUCUGCAGCUAUCUGGAGGCCUCAGUCGCUGCAGCAAACGCCGCCCACAAAGCAGCGCCAACGGAGCAGCCCGAGGAUGCAGGGCUGGAGCCAGGGGCGGGGCGUGGGUGCAUCCCCACCCAGACCCAGACCCCAACCCCGCCCCCAACAACCGCCUCAGCCUACUCCCAAAUGAACGGGGGGCUGCCCAUCCCUAACGGACCUCUCAUAGUCACCCCAGACUCGUCCAGUGCCAGCGAAGAGGCCUCCAGCUCCACGCACAGCCACAAGACCUCCCGCACGUCCGGCACCAGAGAGAGGGUCCGCUUCAGUGACAAGAUCCUAUACCACGCGUUGUGCUGUGAUGAUGACGAGGAGGAUGAAGAAGAGGGAGAGGAGAAGAAGGGCGGCUGUGCGACCCCAGACACUGACGACAGUGAGCCCAGUCCUAGUCAAGCCGGCUCGCCCACACCGCCGCUCUCCUCCUCAGAGCACUCCGUCCUCCAGAACUGUCUGGACCCUUCUUAUGUCUCAUUCCCAGUGAACGUGGCAGCGGGGACUCACACGCUGCCCAGAAAGGGUCUUCUCAAUCCGGCAAGCUGCCGGAAAAAACUGCUACGGAACAGUAGCACACAGACUGUUUCAGAUAAAAGCACCCAAACUGUACUGCCCUAUAUUCCAGCAAAACAGAAAACAAAGGACCACUGAGAAACAGUAACUUUACAACAACAGAACUAAUGAAAAAUAACUGUGUACUAUUUAAUAUUAAAUACAUAGAUCAUAGAUUAAUACACAAAUAAAUAAAUACAUAUUAAUUCCUAAAUAAAUACAUGAUAUGGGAAAUGACUCGACUACCUAAAGUCAUUUUGAGGCUCAGGGAAAUAAAGAUAAAAGGAUAAAGAGAGAAAAGAGAUAUUGAAGGACCAAAAGGCUAGUGCCUGCUAAUGUUACGAAAUGGACCGAAUGGAUUCCCUAUUUAUAAUCAUUUGCAACACUUAUUGAGAUUACUAAAGCAAUCUUUUUUCUAGGAAGUUGAAAUUGUUCUGAAAUCGGAAAGUAAGUGUGAAGAGGUAAUUUCCCUCCUCGUACACCAGUAUAAAUCAUAAGAAGAUAUAAUGCUUGUUCUUUAAGAUGUGGUUAAAAAACACUGCACAUUCUGUACACUGAGAAUCUGUAUAAACAUUGUCUUUUUCAU